ACAUAGAACAGCUAAUAAGGCCGACACACCUCUUUAAAAUGUUAAAGAGUGCAUAGGUUUCUUCAUUGAACAACAGUUGCCAAGGCGAAGAAAGACCUAGAGUUAGAGAAAAAAAAUGGCAAAGUUUUGUCCACUUCUGUUCAUGAUUUUCCUAGUAGCAUCCAUCCCAUGGGCACGAGGUUUCAAAUUAGACAAGCACAUGGCCAAGAAACUCAAAACCCAGAAGAAGGAAACAGUUACCAAUCUCCAAUUCUAUUUCCACGACAUAGUUAGUGGCAAGAACCGUACAGCUAUCAGGGUUGCUCAGUCUGCUGACACCGAAAAGUCACCCACCUUAUUUGGUGCUUUGAUAAUGGCGGAUGAUCCAUUGACCGAAGGACCCGAUCCGAAAUCGAAGUUGGUGGGCAGAGCACAAGGGCUUUAUGGAUCAGCUGGGCAGAAUGAAUUGUGCCUCAUCAUGGCCAUGAACUAUGCCUUCACAAGUGGUGCGUAUAAUGGAAGUUCUAUCAGCAUACUCGGUAAGAACUCAGCUAUGAGUCCAGUGCGUGAGCUGCCAGUCGUUGGUGGGACUGGCGUGUUCCGGAUGGCUCGUGGAUAUGCCAUUGCGAGGACCCAUUGGUUUGAUAUUACUACUGGUGAUGCUAUAGUUGGAUAUAAUCUUACAGUAGUUCAUUAAAUCUUAAUUCUUGUGUCAUUGAUAUAGUAUGAAUGUUAUGAUGUUAGUUAUUGCCAUUUUUGCUUUUUACAUAAAUGGCUUUUUAUAUUAUGAAAGCAUAUAAGACUAGAUUCCAUUAUAUUAAUUAGUUUUA